AUUGGAAAUUGAUGAGAAAAGAAUGAACUGAUAAAAUGGGAGGAGCAAAAACAAAGGGUCAGAUGAUAAACGGGAUGAUAAAAUUCAAAAUGGGACUCAAGUAUGAGAAACCGGUUCAACAAAAACCGAUUCUCCUCAAGAAGUGAAGAGGAGAUAAGACACGCCGUGGUGAACUGGGAGCUAGGAACAGAAAGCACAAGUGGGAGAAGUGCUAUCUUCAACCGGGUAAGUUAAUCCACGAUUGUUUCAGUUUAACGCGCGACGCAAGUGUGUCAACGUGCCUCGCUGUUUGUUAUGUUUCUUCAGGGUAUCGAGCUCUGUAUAACACCUUGAGGGAGUAAAUGCAUUCAACGGGUGAAUAGGCGAGUCAGUGACUACAAAGGUUUUUUUCCCACGAACGACUGAUCGGGGACAGUUCUGCAUCCAAUUGACCGCAAUACCGUGUUUCUUCAAGUUCAAAACAUAAAUAUAAGCAUUCGUUGAGGGAACUCAGCGAAGUUGAAAAAGGGAGACGCUCUCGCGAAGAUCGCAUCUCCUCUGGUCUUGAACGAUCUUCAAUAGUGAUUUUUAAUGACCUGUGGAAGUGACAAUCGUAUUUUUUGUUUUAUAAUGCACACUACGACCUAUAACACUAAAAUUUAUCGCAAGGAUAUGUCAUCAAUAAACAACGAUACGUAUUAAUACACAUGACACUGAACCAUCGUUACUUCUGAUUUUGCAUCGAGCUGUGCAAAUAUUUUAAUCAUAUUCAACUGCGCUAUCACGGAGUGCAGAUCGAUAGAAGGUUUUCAGAUUACUAGUGGAUUUUCGUAAAAAGAGUUUCUCGUUUUUGCAAAAGAAAAGAAGAAAUGAGAUAUUGGAGAUGAUGUUGGACGUGAACUAUAACAGAUACUCCAGUACACUGUCAGCUAAAGGGCUGCUAUGGGUCGGUCUGCUGCUGGCAUGCACGACCUCGUCGAGCUGGGCGAGCGACAACGCUGACUGUUGUCCAGGAGGCUCGACGAUGUCGUCUUCGAUAAAUUGUACCGAUGGCACGAAAGUCCGUCUGGCCUGUUCGUCGGGCAAUUAUAUGAUCGACGCCGACAAGAACCCUAGCGAUAAUUUCACCAUCGUGAAGAAAUAUGGGCAAUACUGGCUGGAAUUCGUGAACUGGGAAUAUGACAGACUAUCGAUGGACAGGUUCUGCGUGGCAAAGAAGGCAAACGGGACGCAGGUCGCGUUGGUAUGCGCCGAAACAGAAUUGGAUCACGAUACAUCACCGUGGGAGUACGUAUUGCUCAUCAGCCUUGGGGUGUCCAUUGUAUUCCUGAUCACCACCCUAGCAGUCUACAUCUCAUUGCCCGAAUUAAGAGAAAUCCAAGACAAAGCGAUGAUGGCCGUAGUCACGUCACUGGCAGUCAGCUACAUCAUUCUAGCGAUUCAGAAUUUGAGAACGCAAAGAGACGGAGAUGAUGCAUUAUGUAUUUCCCUAGCAUUCAUUUUAUACUUCUGCUUCAUGUCCGUAUUCUUCUGGUUAAACAUCGUUUCCUUCAAUAUAUGGAGAGUCGUUUGGUUUAGAAACUUUACUAUCAAAGAUAAACCACUGUUCAUCAUCUACUCUAUGUUCGGUUGGGGCGCGCCAAUGUGUUUUUUGGCUGUGUCCAUGGCCGCUCAUUACACGGAAGGAGACCACAUGAAACCUGGGUUCGGCGAAAUAAGCUGUUGGUUCAGCGGACCUGUACAAACGUGGACGUACUUUUACGGGCCGAUCGCCAUUCUAUUGAUACUAAACGUUAUCUAUCUCGGGCUAACCAGCUGGCGCUUAUGGCACCAAUAUCGCGAUUAUAGCGGAAGCAGAUUGCGUGCACUUCGCUUUAAAUGUCUGUUAUACAUCAAACUGAUAUUCGUGAUGGGUAUUACAUGGAUAUUUGAGCUACUCUCCUUCGCCGAUACCACGAAGAAUAUCUGCUGGAUAGUAACGGAUAUACUGAACUCCCUGCAAGGGUUCAUAAUAUUCUUGUUACUGGUGGCGACGAGAAAACGUGUCAGGAAGCUGUUGGCCAAAAAGAAAUUCUGUGGGAUUAAUUUCCCGAAAUCCUGGACAGCCUACGAGGACGAAGAAUGCGAGGAGGCACUAGCUGAAGAGGUUGAAUUGUCGCAACAUGACUAACGUAGAAUGAUAACAUUCCUCGCACACUGGUUGGUACGGCUAACAAUAAGGAAACCGAACGUGCGAGUUCUUAUGUUUGUCUCAUUUUACAUGGCUGAUUAGUCGAUGGUAAUUACGAGUAAUGAUAAUGAGAUGAGGAGUUGUUCUUAUUUAUCAUGACCGUGAAAAAAGAUUCAAUAUUAUUUUACCAUUCCUCUAGUCGAACAUUGUCUCUUUUUGUUUUUUAUAUUGUGAGCAUGUUUGAUCAUAAUCUUGAACGAAUCGCCGUGACAAUUAAUAAUGGUGAUUAUUUGAAGAAUCUCUAUUAACAAGCAUUGUGUAUUAAAAAAUAAGUCAAUUAUCAUUGAUCAUGAUUAAUGUCUUCUCGCUUGCAAAUUACUUGCACAGCCAGGAAACAAUUGCCAACGUUUCAGCUUAUUUGGCGCGCUCGUAUGCGUAAAAAUUCCAACGACUCAUCGUGGUAAUUCAUCGUAAUGACUUGAUUUUUUCCCUCCGAAGAGCCGCGUAUGCGGGAACGUCUUCAUUCUAGUCGACUGACGCGGCAUCACAGAUCGCUAGGCGACGAUUCGACUUAAAUCACGUGAACUUCUGACGUCUUUUAGUGAUAUAAAAUGCAUCAGUCGAUGGAUGCCGCAAAUGCCGAAGCUAUAGUACGCAUACGAAAUUAAUGAAUUUAAAUAAUCUUAUUUAUUGUUAGACAAAUCGUGUUCGUCUGUUGUAUAAUAAUAAAAUACAAAUAUGAUACGUACAUAUUUAUAAUGAAGAAUGCGUUACAUAUAUAUUCUACCUAUGCUUUGAAGCGUACUUAUAAAAUUAGGACGUUACUAUUUUAUCUUUCAUGCAACAGCAAAAUAUGAAUUGGUUGUAGGAUAUGAAGCGAAUUUUUGAAAAGAAAGUAACGUUGAUCUUUGAAUCGUAUUUCUUGUUAAGUGAAACUAUGAUUAAACACUAUGAUUAAACGAAGCAAUGUGCGCGGGUAAUCAAGUGGCCUGUCCAACGGAGACGGGAUAAACGAGAACGUCGUAGUGGAACAACGGCGUAUUGAGUAGCUGCCCACACAUUAAGUAUUGCAACUGAUGCUUCGUACGUGCAGACAGAUAUGGGAAUUAGCAUCAGUGUUGUGCGCGCGACGUGUACAAGUGUAGAUGUAACGCGUCGCUUUGCACGUCAAUGAUGAAACACGAUGCGUUAAAAUGAUCAAUAUUUUAGCCGAGAACGCGAAGGGUGUUCGUGUUGCGGAGACCCCUCAUACCUGUCUUCCGCGCGUCGCACGCAAAUACGAUUCCUUCGACUUCAAUCUGUACAAAAUUUUUAGCAUAUGUUUUAUUUUCAUUUCUUUCACAAAUUCGUAAAAAAACAGAGAACAGUUUGGUGUAAAUAUAAUUUUUAACAAGAGUAAUGAAUAAUUUUAUUUGUAAUAUGUACGUCUGUAAAUUGAUGCUGUAUAAACGCACAUUUAUGUAAAUAACAAUGAGCUCCAAGUACAUAGAA